UUUGCACGCUAUCUUGUUGGGUCUCCGACCGUUGCCUCCUCCGAUGUUCACUUCGUCUCCGUCGUUAAAAAUGGAGGUGAUUGGCUGCCUCUUCUCAAGAAGGUCUCUCUCUGCAUUUCCGAUUCUCCCUCCUCGCAGUCGCCGGUGCCCAUUUCAGUCUCCAUCCCUGGUUCCUCUCAUGAUGUCCUCCUCCCCUUCUUCUGCCCAGGUGAAGCUAACUCACAUCUCUUUUUCCGUUGGGACUCACCUCUUUUUCCCUCUACCUGAUGGUGGUUUUGGUGAUCGGUCUGGUGGGAAGGAGGCUUACAAAGGGCCCCGACCAAGGAGGGAUUUGGUGGGCGAUUGGGUCUCCAACAAUAACGGGCUUGUCCGGAGCUUGCCCAUCUAUGUCGGUGGCGUCUCGUUGCUUGUCGUUCUCCUUAAUCGUGCCUUCUCUGGCAUCGCCCUUGUUACCGACGCUUCAAGUUCACAAUCUAGAGCAGAUAUUUUGACGCUUUCACUGUCUGUAACCAAUCUUCUCACUGGUCUGGUGUGGUUGUCGAUUCGUCCAAAAUAUGUUUCUCCGGUAAUUCCUUGUGGUGUAGAGUGUAUGCGAAUAAACUCGGAUAUUGCGGAUCUUGCCAUUCAUGAGUUGCGAUGGGUAUGGGAAUCUCUUUCAUCCACAACCUGUUGUAGAUCCUUGGUGGUUAUUUAUGGAGGAAAUUGCUUUCUUCAAAUUGGAAUUGCAGCUGAAUCCCAAAAUGAGACUGGAGUUGCAAUGGUAGUUGAUGUACAUAAAUUGCUUCAAGGAUCACUCUGUAGAAGUGCAAUUGGAUCUGGAAAACAAAGCUAUUUGGCGAACCUUUCUCUUUAUCCAGGAAGGUCUGAGCUUCCCUUUUUGCCAAGUAAUACACAGUCAGUAAUCUUACAACCGCUUGGAGAUAGAGGAAUUGCUAUCGUUGGUGGUGACAUUAUCAGGGGCUUCACCAAUCUUGAUCAGGCAUGGAUAACAUUAAUUGCAGAGAAGUUGGAUGCUACAUUGUCAGAAUUAUAGGGAGCAUUGGAGAUCCAUGAUUGUUUGAUUGUGGCGAGGAGCGAUGCCGAUGCCUUUGGCGUGGUGCGUUUAUAUGUUUCAGCAUGUCUUCGAAACUAUUGGCAUGGCAGGAAUCGACUCGGUGAUUUGUUUGGCACCUUACAUAUUGGUGAACUUGACUAUCUGAGAUGGGUUUUUGUUUUGUCUAUUUAUUUUGUUGUUGUUGUUGUUUGGGCUAUGUAUGAUCCAACUUUCUUUUAGGUGUAGUUUCAAUCCUUGUUCCUUUUUGUAUCACGGCCGCUUAUGAAUUCAUGGAAUGCGUCAGUUGUAUGCUGUAAACUACCUUUUAUGUAGUGCAUCUUUCCCCUUUUCCAAGAAGAAAAGAAAAAAUUCGACC